AUGAGUCAACAACAAUUCGUUGGGAAUGGAAGCCCGCCAAAUAUUUCAACUACUUCUAUGAAUGCUGCUGCUACUAAUACUACUACUGGUAAUGUUGUGGUUGGUACCUCAACAACACCAUCAACAAACACUGGGAAUGUGGGAGGGAUAUCGAAUGGUGCUGGAACAGCUUCCCUUAAAACCUCACCGAAUGAUCUGUUGCUGAAUUUACGUAAAUACACGAACAAAUUGUUGGAGAUUAAUGGAACAAAUCAAGUGGUUUCUGUUCCUUCGAACGUUGGUGUUGGAAAAGAGGUUGCACAGCCUCUUGCUUCUCUCUCCACUCCGACACUGAACCUUAAUCAAAAUAUUGAGGAGAAUAGAAAUAAUCAACAAAUUGAAGAGGAAAGAGUGGAACCACAACAAGUAUUCAAAAUUCCUCAACAGCAAACAAGUAGACCAGCAAGUCCAAAAAGGAGUGAAAGUUUGGUGAUAAUGGAUGACCAAAUUUCGGAUAUUGAAAGUGUUACUGAUAAUGACCAGAGUAAUACUAGCAAAACAGUUGUAAAUUAUAGAGAUUUAGAAGUGAAAAAGUGUUAUGAUAUUAUUUUCAAGCUAAGAAAUAGGCUUGCUAAGGAAAAGGAAAAGAAUGAUCAACAGGAAAGAAGAAAGGAAGAUUCCACAAAGAUGCUAGGAAAGUUAAUUGAUCAUUAUAAAUCGGAAAACUCUAGAUUGAUUCAACAAUUAGAUUUACUGAGAAGAGAUUCUGAUGCACAAAUUGAGGAACAGUUACAUCAGAUGAAUGAUUUGAGGAUUUCAAACUUUACUCUAUCAGAAGAAAUUAACAUUCUAAGAAAUUCAGUGAACAUUGAGAAACAAAAAGGAGAUCAAGAUAUUGAGAGACACAUUAGAGAAAAGUCAAAAACACAAUCAGAGUUAAUUGAAUGUAAAAGGGAAAAUUCCAAACUUAGAGAAACAAUAAUGGUGCUGGAAGAAAAUAUUAAAAAGGCAGAACUCAACGCAGCAGAAUCUGUGAAAAAUUUUGAGGAAAUUGAAAUACCAUCAUUGAAAAGAAAGUGUGGGUAUUACGAAAAGACAAUCUCUGAUUUGGAAAAGAAACUAGAUGAGAUUCGGAAAGAUCAAGAACGGUCUGUGAAUCAACAUGUGGAGAGAUUUAAAUCAAAAGAAGCAGUCAUGGGAGAAACCAUCAAGCGAUUGGAAGAAGAUUUGAAAAAGCAACGAGAAUCAAUGAAGCAAAACUCCAAUUCAAGUUCAGAGGAGAAGAAGCAACUUGAAAUUCAAUUGAAAGAACAAGUUAAUUUGAAUGAUGAAACAAGAUUAGAAUUGGCUAAUUUAAAGUCUUCUCUAGAGGAUAUAGAAGUUAACAUGUUGAAUCACCUCAUUCAAGAACAUGAAGAAUUAAUUAUUGAAGUUUCUCAAAUGGAUGCUUUUAUGACUGAGGUAUUUUCAGUAAAAUCAAGAAAGGAAAUUAAGAGAUUGGUGACUGAAAAUUUGGAACUCAAGAAUCAAUUGAGUUUGAUGAAUGAACAAUACGAGAUUAACAAAAAGCAACUCCAACACGCAACUCUUGAAUUGGAUGAACUAAAAUCUUCCUUCAAUAAGGGUGAUCAAGUGUUGAGUCAAUUAGAGAACCAAAGAAAGACUCAAUCUGAGAGACAUAGAAUAGAAUUGGAAGAAUUGAGAACAGAAAUGAGAAAUUUUACAAUUUCACAAAAAGCAGAAAAAGAGAACUUGUUAGAUUUGUUGGACAAUACCAAAACUCAACUGGAUACUUGCCAACAUAAAAUGGAGCAAAUGCAACUGGAAAGAAGUGAUGGCCAAAAAGAGGUUCAAUACCUCAGAAAAAGAAACUCUGAGCUUGAAACUCAACUUCUCAACGCAGAAUCAGAUAGACAAAGAUUGGUUUCAGAAGUUUCCAAUCUUAAUUGUACAUUAGAUCAAUUGAGAGAUGAAGUCGAUGCCAAGAACGAUGAAAAUAGAAAGAUUGUAGAGCAAUCAAGAUCUUCCAUGCAAUCUAUUCAAGUCAAACUCAACAGAGACCAACAAAUCUAUCAGAAGAGUGAAUAUGAUUGGAAUCAAAAAGUGAAACAUCUGAAUGAUAUGGUACUUCAAGCGGAGUACAAUCUUUCGGAAUAUAAAAAGAAGUACAAGGAAGAAAUUAGCAGCUUUAAUAAUGAUUUAAUUAUGAGGCAACAACAAAUUGAAAGUUUACAAACCGAUGUCCAAAGAAUGAAACAGGAAGGCAUGUCUAUUACAGCUCAAAACAAGAAAGACUUGGAUGUGAGAGAACAGGAAAUUCAAAAGAUCAAGAGAGAAAAACAACAAUUAGAGCAUUCAAUUGUUCAAAAAGAAAGAGAGAAAGACUCAUUCAAACUGAGAUUGGAAAUGAUGGAAAGAGAAUUAUCAAGACUGAAAUCUCAAUAUAAUGUAAAGUAA